AUGCCACUUGGUUCCGGUUACACUGUAGAAGGGCAAAAGACAUCCGAGGAGAAGCAUGGAGGACUGCAGCUUGAAGUGACACCCAAGCUCUUCCACGAUCAACGCUUAUGGUCGCACGCCAGUGAUCGCUAUCUUUGCAUCAAAGGAGGUCAUUUCGCAACCUACAAUGGCUUGAACGAACAGAAAACGCCUGAACAGCUUGGUUGCAAAGUCGGUGAAGUCCUGAGAUCAUACAGCAUUGAUCCUGACGGCUGGGAGUCGUUCAAAAUCAAACAUCUAGUGGGGUCAGAGACGACUAUCAAACUUACAGCUUUCCAAUCACCGGAUGAAUUCGAGGGAGAGUUUACAUUGGGACACAGGCGAGUACUUUCAGGAUCUCUACCUCGUUUGGAAAGCCCUCCAUAUCAGUAUGGUUUUCAUGAUGCCCCAACCAGGAUCGUUAUGGGCAGCAGCUUUGGGGACGACACUCUUCCAGCAGAUGUCCAAGAACCCCAGAUCGUUAUGACAAGAGACAUCAAGGCCAUGGGUCUAGCAGCGGGUGGAAAGCUGAACAUAUACAAAGACACCUACCCACCCACAACAUGGAACCACGCCGCGGCGCGCAUUCUGCACAUCCAUAUCCUCGACCCCGUAAGCUGCGAGAAAGUGACGCAUAUCGUUCCGACACCCCCAUCUACCGACGUCAAGGCAUAUACAGACGCUGGUGGAGAUUUCUUCGUCGUUGAAGAGAAAGUCGACGAACGCCUUGAUGGGGGUGACUUCGACAACGUCAAGAGCGUCAGCCAAAUGGAUCAACAUAUCGGCAUAAGCACAGAACCGGAAUUCGACCCAACUAGGCCGAAGAUGUGCACGACGUGCGAACUACGACUGUGUGAUUGCAUGUAA